AAUAUUUUAUGGAGUCCUCGACGACGGCAUGCUGGCACAGGUGAAGUGAAAACCUUUCUAGUAAAAAAUCCGUUUUUGUUAGCGAAUUCGACACAUCUUAACACUCUGCAACGACUAGUGAACGUAUCUUAUUAUGUGUAUAUCUGAAUUACUGAAUAAGUCUCUCAUAGGAAGAAGAUAAUAAGAAAUCUGAGGGCACUGUACCUGUGUUAUUUUAACUGAAUUUGGAUACCUGUGUUGGAUGUCAACAUGGGAUUUCUGUCAAGAUUGGCAGAAAUUAUGGGAUUUAAGAAGAAGGAGGCAAAUUUAUUGGUUAUAGGGUUGGACAACAGCGGUAAAACUACUAUAAUAGAUCAACUGAAGCCAGAGGACAAACGAUCCAGGGAUGUGGCUCCAACUGUUGGUUUCACUGUAGACAGGUUCAAGAACAAUUCCCUACAAUUUACAGCUUUCGAUAUGUCAGGACAGGGACGAUACAGAAACCUAUGGGAGCACUACUUCAAGAACUGUGAUGGAAUCAUUUUUGUACUCGACAGUUCUGACAAACUGAGGAUGGCUGUAGCAAAAGAUGAAUUAGAUCAAGCUCUAAAGCAUGAAGAUAUUAUGAAAAGAAGAAUACCAAUUCUAUUCUUUGCAAACAAGAUGGACUUGCGGGAAUCCAUGACAAGUGUCCGAUGUUCAAUGGUUAUGGAAUUGGAAAAAAGCAUACGCGACAAACCUUGGCAUAUAUGUUCCAGUAACGCAAAGACUGGAGAAGGGUUGCAUGAAGGAUUUGAGUGGCUAACAGAUACACUGAAAAGUAUGUUGAAUGAUAAAUGAGAUGGAUCUGUUGAAAGAAAGAACAGUAUAGUAGUUGGGAAAGUUUCCAGGCUUCUCUCUUCACUUAUGAGUCUGUUGCUGGCUGCUAGCAACGUAUCGAGUCAGAAUUAAGAGGAUAUUUAGACGUCUCCACACGCUCAAGCUUCCUAUCGACGUUCAACAACUACAUAUGAAAAUACAUUAUAUGAGGAAACUAUGCUGAAAGAAAUGUCAGUACAGUUGAACAUUAUACGAUGGUGAUGAAUAAUAUUAGUAUUCAUAUUCAAAGAACUACCACACAGAAGCAUUACAAAAUUAUGCACGAAAAAAUACCAUCUAAAGCCAAGAACUAAGAAAAAUUUAAGUUUUCAUACUUUAAUGAGACGCCUUUGAUUUUGUUUGUAGUAAAAAAAAUCUGCCAAACGUUUUUAUGUAAUGUAAGGCAGUGGACAACAUAGCUGGUAAGCAAAACUGUACAUGUUACCAGAAAUUAGUUAUGUUGUUCAAGGCCUUAUUAGACUAUUAAGUUGUUAACACAAAUUUCAAAAUGAGAUCUCAAACAAUAGCUUAAAAUUUACAAAUAUCUUUGUAUUUGUUCUCCUAAGAUGAUCUAUGUUGUGAAUGCUUAUACAUACAACUUUUAAUUACUGUAUUUUUGAAAAUAUGCUUGUUGUUUUUUUUGCAUUAAGACUAAAAACAAGUGAACUUUAAACAAUUGCAACUUAGGUCUGCUCAACAUUUAUUUGGCAAGUUUUUAAAUAGAUGAUGUUUGUUGUUCUCAAUAUAUAUAAAGCCCAUAGUAUGCUUAUAUUAUAACUUACAAAGAUUGGAUAUAUAUUGUUCUCUAAUAAGUAAACUUUACACUUGAAUAGAUUAUAAUGGAAUGAACUAUGUGACAUGUGUAGACAAAAUUUGAAUGAUAAAAGUUAAACAGAAUGAUUUGAAGAGCUAUUGUUUGUAGCUGUAAUUGUGUGUAUGCACUGUGAUUUAUGGCCUGUGAAUACAUGCACACAGCUAUUGUUUCUGGAUCCAGUGGUUUUUGGGACUCAGCUAUUUGACUCAUCAACUUUUUGAGGACCCAUCGUAUCUUUUGUAAUGAAAUUCAUCAAAAUUUCGAGAUGUUCAGGAAUAGCCUGUAUAAAUUAUAUGAAAACUACUGAUAAAAUCAACUUUUUUUUCUUUGUGUGGGACCGAUUGAAAUUCCUGUGUGCCGCACCAUGAGUAAUUUCUGUGUUGCAAUUUUCAUGAGUCUCGUGCUCAAAUUACAUAUGCAGUGACUGUAUCAUGCGUACAGACAUCAAAAAUAAUUAUGGCACAUAUUUUUGUAAAAACUUGUUAUAAUAUGAAUUAUUUCUUGACUGAAAAAUAUAGCAUCAAAUGACAACUUAAUGAAGAAACAAUAAGUUACCUAGGGUAAGAUACUUGGUGUUACUGGUAAUAUUUGAGACUUGUUUGUUUGUUUUAAUACAAAAAAUAUUGUUAUUACUUAAUUAUUGUCUUAAUGGCUUUGUAAUAUUUUGGCGUUGCCAUCAUAAAUGACUUGAUGAAGAAAAGGAAAGUGGCAGAAGCGUUUGAUUUUACAUGUCAUAAUUACCUAGGUACUUUUGUAGUCAGGGGUCAAAGUCACUAAAUGCUGUAUUUUAUUGGUGUUGGUGUAAAUGAUUUUGUUGUGACCAUGAGCGUCCGUCCAUUCCUAGAAAUGUACCGAUAUCAUUUAAUCAAUUUUUAAUUGUAAAAUAAUAUCAAAGCUAUCUGAAAAAUGUGUGAUUCAUGUAUUCCCUCUUAAAACAAUGUUUCAUAAUAUGAUAAAAAUGUUAAACUUGAGAUCAUCAUUCUGUACUCAUCUGUAGUUACUUCAGGAUGUUUAUUUAAUAGAUCUGGAUGUUAUUUCACAAAGAUUGUAACUUUUCUUGAUUUAAACGUUUUGUUUUAUUACGUUAUUUAUUUUCCCCCUUUUGUUUUAUUUGUAUCAAGGUAGGGAUCUUUAAAUCAGAAAAUGUUGGAUGAGAAAAUCUUUAAAUUACAUACUUGUCUAUUAUGCAAGAAAACUUUAACAAUUUGAUAUAUAUAAGCAUUCAUAGGAUGAAUAAAAGUUACAUACAUUUGGUGUAGAAUUCAGAUAUCUGCAGGUAUGGGAUAUAAAAUAAGGCUUUACAUUGACAAAUAUGUUCACUAUAUGCAUAUCAAUAGAAAUAAAUGUGUAACUGAAUAUUUACAUGAAAGCAAGGUAGAAGUAUAAUCUAUUUCAAAUUUUAAAAAAAAUAACUUCUUGAAAAUAAAAACUUAUGCCACCUGCCCUGGUCCUCCAUGGCAUCCAAUCAUAUAAAAUAGAUUGCCUGAUGUCUUAUGAAUGCAUAAAAUAGAUUGUCUGAUGUCUUAUGAAUACAUACAAUAGAUUGUCUGAUGUCUUAUGAAUACAUACAAUAGAUUGCCUUAUGUCUUAUGAAUACAUACAAUAGAUUGCCUGAUGUCUUAUGAAUACAUACAAUAGAUUGUCUGAUGUCUUAUGAAUACAUACAAUAGAUUGUCUAAUGUCUUAUGAAUACAUACAAUAGAUUGUCUGAUGUCUUAUGAAUACUGUGUCCUGCAGACUGUAUGAUCAUGACAGGUUAUCAUAGUAAUCACCUGUUAUUUUGAUUGAAUCUCAUACUUUUGCAGUACAAUUUCAUAUCAACUGUUUAUUUUCUUAUUAAAUAAUUAUUACAUUUGAAAUUCUUUCUGCACAACUUUAUCUGUAAUAUUUACGGGUGUUUGAGCUACUAAUACAUGUACAUUGUACCUGGGUCGGGCUGUAAAAUUCCACUAGCUCAUGUCAAGUGGAUUUCAGUGAUGAUUGUGCUAUCAUUCUUGAAAUAUGUGGACAAAACCAUUUAAAAAAAUCAAAGAUGCAAAAGAUGUGUUUAAGACCAAUUGGUUCAAAGUCAAAAUCUGUAAAAUAUAUAUGGUAUUAAAACGAAAAUAUCAUUCUAAGUUAAUGAGGAUAAAUUCAUCAUUGUCACAAACACUGAUUAAAAAAUAUUUUUUUGUGGGGGUUUUAUAUUUAUAAUUAUGUAUUUUGGUUGUCUAUAUUUACCCUUUCAC